AUGUUCCUUUCGGAGCUUCUACCACCUGAGCGUGUUCAUGUGUGUUUACUUUUGGACCAGGCAUGGCCACUCAAAGGCGAGAACCAACCAUCGGAAUACAGCCCUGGCCGCAGGGGUCGCACUCGCUUGAAUUGGGACCAUAUUUACCAACUGGCUUGGCCAAUUCCCUUGGUCACACGGCGCUGUGAUCUCAAAUUGCCAUCGACUCACGCACAGAUCCUUUCUAGACUGCUGGAGCCAGCGCCUGGACCGGUCUUUCUCUUGGGGAUCCACCUUUGUGGUGUCCUCUCCAUUCGUGCGAUCGAAACUUUCAAUCGUGGACCCAAAUGCGUCGGGUUUGUUUUGAAGCCCUGCUGCUUGCCGUCCAUGCAUUAUGCAAGGCAGCAGGUUAGUUGGACUCUUGGAUCUCACACCUUUGCAGCUGCGGAGGUUUGCUGUUGGGGCCGCUACCGGCAAAACCGCUGGACGGGGCCGGUGAAGGCCACGUUGGGGCCUCGCUUCCGCUGCUGGGCAGAGCAUCUCCACCGGGGCAUUCCAUGGACGAGCAAAGCUAUCUCGCGAGUGGAGCUGGUGGAAGGACAUUAUCAGGAUACCUAUCUUUUUGCUUGGCGGCCCUACUCCACAGAGCCUCCAUUGCCUUUAGUGGCGACACCAGAGGUGGGAAGCGGAGUUCUUUGGUUCAGGAUGUGUGUUGCGCACUUCCGGCGGAGACCAAGCAUGAUUUGA